AUGAAUAUCCAAGAGAAAUUACAGAAAAUAUUGAGUUCAACUCAUGCAUUAAUUCGAUUAUUUGAAAAAAGAAAUAAUAAUUAUAAUAAAAAAUCAGCACAUCAAAUCGAUAUAUUAAAAGAAGUUCAACGUUUAAUAAAAGAAAAAGCUGAUGUUAAUAUUAAAAAUAAAGAUGGUUAUACGAUUCUACAAUUGGCUAUACGUAAUACAGCAUUACAUGAAUGUUGUUUAUUAGGACUUGAUGGUGCUGAACCAUUAAGAAUUCUUCUCAAACAUGGAGGUGAUGCAUCUUGGUUAAACGAUAAAAAUGAAAGUGUUAUUGAUAUAGCAGCAAAACAAAAUUGUCCAGAAUUAUUACAAGCUUUUUCUAAAUAUCAAAGUGAAAAAAUGCUUAAACAACAUAUGAAAAAUUCUUAUGAUGAUCAUACAACAAUAAAAACUAUUCAUGAUCAUCAUUCAUCAGAAAAAUUAUAA